AAAACAACUAUUUUGUUAUUUUAUCCAUUUCAACGCAGAAAAACAUAAGCACAAAAAAAAUGCACCAAGCAAUUACAAACGAUUUUACAAGCAGUAGAUUCUUUGUUUGGGCUUUUGUUUUUUAUAAAAUAAAAUCGGUCCAAAAGUGCAACUAAACGGCCCCUUAAUUAGCCGGUGAUUGCGUUGCGUCGUUUCGUACAUAUAUACUCCUUAUUAAGUAGUAAUUCUCGGUUGCCAUUGUCACCCUCACCCCUCACGCAAGUGGUUGUCUCCGGUCGAGCCACAAACACACAGACACCAUGGCCUUCCCAGGGACUCCGGCGAGGAAGAUCGUACCAGGCGGCUUCACCGCAGCACGAACCGCCGUGGCCAGCGGCGGCGCUCUUAGCUUCGAUCUGGACGGCGCCGACGACUUUUUCUGGGGCCUGUGGCAGCUCGUCAAGGCGAAGGCCGCCGAGGCAGCGGCCUACCUCGCCGCCCUCUUCGCGGCGCUGGCGGAGAAGGCGGACGAGAUCUUCCCGCCGGAGACCCGCUCGGAGACGCUCCGGCAGUGGAUGCGCGUCGCCGUCUCCGUGGUGAUCCCGGCCCUAGUGGUCGCCCUCGUGCUUUGCUGCUGCUGCUGCGCCUGCCGCAGGGCGCGCGGCGGCCGCCGCGCGCGCUUUAUGGCUGCGCCGGGCCGCGGCGGCGCGCGCAUGCCGCGGGGCGCGUUCGAGAACAACCCCCGGCUUUACUUCCGCGACCUCCGCGCCGGGAAGCCCCUCUUGUACUAGCUAUGCUACGUGCAUUCGUGGAUACGCCUGGGCACGUACCUACAGGUGUACGAGUACGUACGAGGUUGAGAGAGAGUGUGGUAACGAAAUAAUUAGUAUUUUACCUUAUUUUAGUUGUGACUGUGUCUAUGGAUUAUGGGUCAAUCUAAAUACGGAUCUGAUGGCAAUUUUACGAACACUUUUCGUGGUAAUGGUAAAUAACUAAAUAUAAGAAUCUUGGCUGCUGUAACACACUGUCGUGCAGUAGUCCUGGAGUAUUGUAUUGUGCGUGUAUUUGGUGGAUUCCCCAAGCGCGGGUUAGUACGGUGACGGCCUUGUUUAGGAGAAGGGAAUUAUGUUGCUCUGCAUCUGCUGUAAUAUAUUCUCUAUGUAUAUGCACUUUGUUUAAAUAUAUUUCUUAAUUAAUA